ACAGCAGCAGAAUUCAUUAUCCACAACAAUCCGUUGAAGCUGGAGAAGAUGGAGCAAGGACUUAUCUCAUGGCGUCACGCAAUAUCCAUCUCACCCCCUCUCCUGCUAAUUCCUAGACCCACAGUCCCCAAACCCAAAUUCCCAACAAUCAGCGUGACCCUUAAUUCAGUGGAGGAAAGCCCGGCGACGGGUAGAGAGAGGCGGCAGAUGAGGAAGGAGAGAAGAGAGGGAAAGCCCGCCUACAACUGGAAGGAGGAGGUUGAGAUGAAGCUCAUCAAGAAGCCCAAGAAGCGCUACGUCUCUUGGAUGGAGGAGCUCAAUUUGGACAAUCUCGCUUUGCUCGGCCCCCAGUGGUGGGUCGUCCGAGUUUCCAGAGUCUCCGGCCACGAAACGGCCGAAAGAGUGGCCCGUUUAAUGGCCCGGACCUUUCCCAAUAUGGAAUUCAAGGUUUAUAGUCCAUCCGUCCAAAUUAAAAGAAAAUUGAAAAAUGGCACACUCUCCGUUAAACCAAAACCAAUCUUCCCUGGAUGUAUGUUUCUCAAGUGUGUGAUGAACAAGGAGGUACAUGACUUCAUACGAGAAUGUGAUGGGGUUGGCGGGUUUAUUGGAUCAAAGGUUGGAAAUACAAAGCGCCAGAUCAAUAAGCCUAGGCCAGUUGAUGAAGAUGACAUGGAAGCUAUAUUCAAACAAGCAAAGGAAGAGCAGGUAAAAGCUGAUCAAGCAUUUGAAGAAGAGCAAUUAAAGGCCGAAGCUUCCAAUCCUGAAAAACUUGGUAUAGAUUCUCCUUUAGUCUCUCAAAAUAUUGCACAGGCAAAACCCAUAAAAAAGACUGGUGGCAGAGGUAGAAAAAGUCGGAAAGAGACAAUAGAGGGAAUGACUAUCUCCAUAAAGCUUGGUUCGACUGUACAAGUUAUGUCCGGGGCAUUUGCUGGAUUUUCUGGCACCCUUAAGAAGUUUGAUAGCAAGACCGGGCUGGCGACCAUUGGGUUUACACUUUUUGGGAAGGAAACUUUAGCGGAUAUUGACGCCAAGGAAAUUGUUGCUGAGACGAGUUGACACAAAAGUAUUGCAGAACUCUUAGAUGGUAAAUUACAUUGAGGAACGGUAGAUAGAUUGUGUCCAAAACUGAUGGCGAGACCCCUUAAAUGGCCAGGAAAAGAUUCAGCAGACGAACAAUCAUGCUAAUUCGAUAUACAUCUCCUCCGCCUGGUACGUUACCAAAAUAAGAAUCUACCACCAAAAAUUCUUAUGAUGAAAUAUACUCCGAUAUCUUAGCGCGAUGAGAGCAUCCAUUGUGGUUGUGUUAUGGCGAGCCAAGAAGAUAACUUUAACGUUCUCCAUAGGCAAGGAGGCACUGGUAGAUCCCAUAUUUGUUAGUUAGAAGGAAAUGUUUGUGUUUAGAUGUUGUAUUCUAUAGCCAUCUGAGUUCCCAUACCAUGCAUUGAUAUUUUAUGCUUUUGAAUCCGUGUUUAUUCAAUUUGCAGAUAUAUUUUCUCA